UCCAUUCAAUAUGGCGGCCUGUCAAACUCGAGCCGGGCCAAUGUUUAGCAAGGGUAGAUUUUUUUUGGAAUUUCAAUGCCGUUUAUGUUUUAGGAUAGCAAUUUGUGAUGUGCUUGUAGUUUGUGCACUUUUCUAAUACAUGAUUUGAAUUUCAGUUGGUUUCUAUGGAAUUAGUGUAUUUGUUUUGCUCAUUGAACACAUGACGAUACAGAAGAACGAAAUUGAUUCCGAGUGGAGGCAUGCAUGUUGUAACAUGUGCCAACUCAAGGUAUUAUACGUACAAUCCGGGCUCCCGGUGAACACACAAAUAGGUCUUCAGUUUGACUAGAGACCAGAAUAGGUCUGAACAGCUCUGGUGAAACAGGCAACCGAACAGCGGGCCGGAACCCACAGAAGGAGAGAACGAACGGAGGACAUUUUGGUUUUAGCAGACAACAUUUCGUUACAUCCCUGAAAUGACCUUACUCGACCUGUCUGGACCGAGCGGUCUAAAUAGGGUUGAAGAACAUAUGACAGAUUCUCAAGAGUAUAUGAAUUUUAACGUCUGGAGAGGCACGCCCGAACAGCUCCAGCACAUGAUGACGGACGACUCCAAUGGCGACGCGACUCUCGGGGACAACAUACACCUCAAGAUUCUCGUCCCCAGCAUCGCCGCCGGAGCUAUCAUUGGCAAGGGCGGCGAAACCAUCGCCCAAGUACAGAAAGAAGCUGGCGCCCGAGUGAAAAUGUCCAAAGCUAACGACUUCUACCCAGGAACAACAGAACGAGUAUGCCUCAUCAUGGGCGGGGUAGAAGCUGUCAGAAGAGUCCAGAAUUUCAUCAUGGAAAAGAUCAGAGAAAAGCCUGACCCCAAUCCUAAACCAGACGAAACAAACAAAAACUUUGAGAGACACAGACAACAGGUGAAGGUUUUAGUACCAAACAGUACGGCCGGGAUGAUCAUAGGAAAAGGAGGCAACUACAUUAAACAGAUCAAGGAGGAGAGCGGGGCCUACAUACAGAUUUCUCAGAAGUCCAAGGAAACCAAUUUGCCAGAGCGGUGUGUCACUGUUGCAGGCGACCAUGAGGCCAACCGUAAGGCAGUAGACUUGAUCUUACAGAAGGUAGUGGAGGACCCGCAGAGUGGCAGCUGUCCCAACAUCAGUUACGCAGACUAUACAGGUCCUGUUGCCAGCGCUAAUCCCACAGGCUCUCCCUUCGCCAACACAAACUUCACACAGAAUCGUAGCACAGAAAUGGUUGUCAAUAACAGCAACUACCCACAACAGGGUGCUACCGCUUACAGCAUAGGCUUCAACGGAAAUGGGUUUAACAAUAGCAUCGGCAGUGGUAUUUCAAACCUCAACCUCAACGCUGCCCUGGGAGGCGGUCCUGGUGGAAGCAUGUCAAGCGGUGCACUGGAAAAUUUAAAAAUGACCCUACGAAGCAGUGGGUAUUCAGAUCAGGCUACAGAGGAGAUUGCCAUUGCAAUGAACACUCUAGCUAGUUACGGAAUUUUAGGAAUGAUUGGACUUAAUCAGGUCCCUGGGGUGAGCAAUGUGGGACCGAUGGCUAACAUGCCUGUUGCAGGGGGUGCUGGUAACGCCCAGAUGGCUGGCAUGAACAUGGCUUCCUCCAUGGGAGCCACAAAUAUGAUGGUUACACCGACCUCCUCUCAGCAGAAUGUAAACAACGGAUCCUACCUGAAUACCAGCAGUAACUCUGCAGCUGGGAGCUUGUUUGGCCCUGUAGGGAGUGGUACAUCAGGACUGGGGAGUUCCGGCUCAACUGGAGCAGGAUCUAGUCUGUUUGGGAGUUCUUCUCCUAGUAUAGGCAAUGAGAGGUAUGGUGGCAGUCCCAUGUUGAAUGACUCGUUUACAGGUGCCACAAACUACACUAGCAAUCCAGCUAAUUACCCUCCACAGGCCAUACCAGAACGCUCCCAGAACAUCAACCUGAAUCAAAAUUCAUUUGGUCUAGGUACUGGCAUGUGUAGCCCCACAGAGGACAAACAGCCACCCCAGAAACAGGAUCUGGAAGUGUCCGAGAGUAUAGUGGGCGCCAUUUUAGGACCUGGUGGAAAAGGAAUUGUGGAGUUACAAAAGUUUACUCAAACCAAUAUCCAGAUCUCUAAAAAAGGUGUAUACGUUCCAGGAACACGUAACCGUAUUGUCACAAUAACUGGCAUCACCAACAACAUUCAGAAAGCAACAUACCUAAUACAACAACGUAUACAGCAGGAGGAAAUCAAGAGAGCACAUCAAGCGGCUCGCUAGGAAAUCACAUUACAUAUAGAGGCUUUAAAGAAAUAACUCAUUUCAAACAAGUAUAUUGUUCAAUAUUUUAUCAGUCCUCGUCUUUAUUUUUCAUUUUAUUAAUGAUAAUUUUUUUUUAUUUAUUUCAUUUUUUUUUUUGUGGUUUCCUAGUGACAUAUGCACCCAUUGUGAUUGCAUCAUAUAGUAUUCAAACCAUAUUAUAACAGUAAACCCGUGUGUAGUUUUCAGUUGAUGCUGUUUUCUCUGGCACAUUGUGUUGUUAUGUACAGUACUGCAGGGAACGUGUUGACACUGUGAUGAUUAAAGCGUUACAUGGUGGCGUGGUACUUGGAAAGCAUGCAGUAACUUGAGCAUUUCUAUCCAGGAGUUAUUUUGUACAGUGGAUAUCUUAAACUCAAUUUGUUAAUCAAUCUGUUAAUGAAAUAGUCAUGACUGUUGUAAAUUAUAAGGGUAUGUAUGUUGUCUUUAUUUUUUUUUUCUGUUUCAUAUUUAAAAGCCUGUCCUUGUAUGGCAGGGAAUGUUCAGGGCAGGUCAAUACAUGUUAUGUUGUGCAUUCUACACAUCACAUGCCCAAUCACCUCCCCACCUUCUCACCCCUAUGGCCUGUGAUGGGACGAUCUGCAUGGAAGAAAUGGUGCAAUCCUUUAGGGAGUUGAGGGGUGCAUAGGUUAGGUUUGGAUGGUACCUCAUACAGAAUGCAUAACUGUCCCUCUCAUUCACUCGCUGUUCAGGCGAAUCGGCAACAUUUCAACAUUGAUGUUAUCUUUGAUGUGUUAAGCCACAUAGGGCAUAACUUUCACCACAGGGAAUCGUGUGCAUUUUGAAGUGCUCUGUUGUUGAUGAAGCAAAUAAGUUUCAUCACUUUUUCUCAUUCAGCCAACAUUUUGAUUUUUGAGAGUAUGCCACUUUUAACCAAAUCAUUUCAAAAACGAAACCGGACAUUUCAUCAAUUAUACAAGUUAUAACAGAAAAUCGAUCUCUUUCUCACUUUAUUUUUUGGAAAAUAUGCUACAUAUCUUUAGUUACAUACCGUAGGUAAUGAUACAUUACGCUCACAACACUGCAUUGUUUUAGAUGCUGUAGGUUACGAAAAUACUAAGUCAUGCAGUCAGCAGAGGAGAAUCCAUUUGUUUUAUACCCAUCAACUGUGAGUGAUCAACUUCCAAAAUAAGAUUCUAAAAGCAUAUUUUUGCUAAAGCGAGUAAAUAAGGGAAAUAAACCUCUGCCACAGUGCGACGUUGUGUAUGCCUGUCCGUUUUACUGUUAUGAAUCAAGUUUUAUAUAACAAGGGUUUUGUUUUAUUUUGUUUGAUUUCUUGUUUUAUAAAGGCAGAGGUUUGUUAUUGAUAAGUCAUCAGUUCUGCUCACUCUGUGUUGUACAGGAGAAGAGCGUUAUGUAGUCUUUCACUGAGGAAUGUGUUGGAAUUUCUGAGUUUUUGUUUUGUUUCGAGAUGUGUAAAGCCCAUUGAAAAGUGGACAAGGGAACUGUUUUGGAAUGUAACCAGCUUUUUCGUUUAAAAGCCAUUAGAUUGGCAUGUAACAUAAUGGAACUUGGAAUAGCUUAUGAAUCAAGUGUUACAUUAUAUUCUAGGAUUUAAGUUGACUUGUGUGUGUGCACUGUGUUGAACUUUUUUUCAUAUUAUAUAAAGAUAUAAUAUAUUAUAUAUACUAUUGCUACAACGGUUAUCUCCCUUGUAUAGCGAGUUAUGUACAUUAGUUUGCCUUCAUAAGUUAUAUCACUUCUAAACAAAUAUAUGUAAUAUAUAAAAUAUAUUACCUUUAAUGGAGUAUGAUUAAAUUUGUUAAUAUAUAAUGUUUUAGUCAAAUUUGAUUGUUAUUAUUUAACUGAAAGUUGUUAACUAUGUGUAUGUAAUAUAGAAGUGACCCUUUCCUAACCUCAGCGGUUUUACAGGUUUAUUUUCUCGACUUCUUCUGAUAUUUAUUGUCAUAACUAUAUAUUAUUAUUAUUAAGAUGAUGAUAAUAAUAAUGAUUGUUAUUCCAGCCAUUACACAUAAUUUGUGCUAAAAGAGAUACUUGAAGCACAUUAUUGAUUAUUUAUUUAACAGAUUUCAUCACACUAAGUUAUUGGGGACACAUAGCUUACAUUGUCGGCCUGAUUUUUGUUUCUCCCCAAGUGGUAAGAAACAGGAAUGUUUCUUUACCAUUGGCAUUUUAUUUUCAGCCACUAGGCUCUUAAAAUGAUGGGUAUGCAAUUCAUACGCCACAAUUAUAUAUUUUUUGUGUGUGGAACAAGCUAGAAUAUUUUUUCUUCUUCCUUAGCAUUCUAUUCUAUCCUAGUUUUUGUUUCCAAAUUGCUUGUUGAAGAGACAUUUUUUCAGCCCAUCCCAUGUUUAUAUAUAUAAAUACAUAUAUAUAGAUAUCUAUAUAAUGAAAAUUGUAUAACAAUAAUAUUGUUUUUGCAUGUCUUUCAAAGAUACACCAUUGAUUUUGUUUAUUAUUUUUUUUUGUUUUCACACAUAACACACCAACUAUAGCAUUUGAGUGUUGCAUUGUAAUAUAUUGGAAUCAUAGUAACACACUUUCCUCAGGCACAGUAGCCCCUGUACAUCAGACUCAACAUUUCACCCAUAUGUCAUCCGCGGCAUUUAUCAUGGUUUCUUGUUAUUUGAUGAUGUGCCAGCUACACAGUCUUUCAAGAUACUUUACCUUUGGAUCGCUGUCAGUGUUUAUUAGUGUGAUGGCGAUCAGUGGAUUAAUCAUUUCGUACGAGUUCAUAUUAAAAUGUUUUGGAGGUGUUUGGGUCCUUGCAAGCUUUUUUUGUUAACCCUUUUAUAUUAUUAUUAUAAAAAAGGUCACUGUAGAUGACAUUCUCCUUCACUGUACUGAAUGUGCUAUUAUUGUAAGAGUGAUGGGCUGCACUUGGCCGUCUGGUUCUGUGAUACUGGCUUCUGUCAUCAUCCUACUCUCCGGGUCCAACUACCCUGAGGAGGGCUGUAGUUACACAGGGUGGACAGUCGGAGGUCUCGGGACAUUUUGUUGAGGUGCAAGGUUGCAGGCCAGUGUGUGUGAGGGAGUCUGUAAGCUGAUUUCCAGGUGACUAUACAGUUAUAAUCAUGCGGAAAUUAAUUCAGAUCAUGCGAUGAUAAUUGUGAGAAGAAGAAUUGUUCGAUGAAUCAUUACAAGUAAUAUGAUUUUGAUGUUGGUUUAUAACAUAAUUUAUGCAGAAAAUCAUCGAGAACAUUAACAUUAUAAACAUUUUGCCACAAAAACUCAAUAUCAACCCGGGUUUCAAUUUCCAUGCAAGUUCGAAAUGCAAACAGAUAUUUUUUUAUUUUUGUAUACAUAGUAAACAUAGAAAAUGGGUGAAAAGUUAUGUAACAUUCGGUCAUGUCAAUUUUAUUAUUAUCAAAUAUUUUCUGUCACACCAGAUUUUUUCAAAUCACUGGCAUAAUAUGUAUGUGAACUGCAACACAGUUAAAAGUGUUUUUUGUCCAUCUGCUCUUAACAUUUUUCUCAAACAUCAUUUAUCCACAUUGUCAAAGAGCGAUAUGUGAGUGACCAGUAUUACCUUCUGGGACGUAGCCAUGUUUCUGUUAUGAGUUAUGUCCCCUGGCGUAACCAUGUUUCUGUUAUGAGUUAUGUCACCAACCCCCUGAUCUAGUCUUCUGCCAGUCCAGACUGAGAAUGAUUGAAAAGAAAUAUAAUGGAGUAUUUAAAACCAGGUUUUCGUGAAUGAAAAUUUCUUAUUUCCUUUCCUACCACAUAGUAUAUGCAAGAGAAACAAUUGUUAACCUCCGAUAUCAUCUGUAAUUAGUUUCCAGUAAUUUAUUUAUUAACCAAGUUUUAUAUUGCCAUUAACAGUUGUUGUAUGUAUAUAUGAUAUAAAAGCACAAGGACCCAGACACCUGCUUUCAAAACAUGUUAUUGGGGGAUUUUAGCAUGAAACGGGUCUACCCACUAGGAAGCAAGCUAUUGCAUGUAGCAUAAAUGAAUUAACCUAUUUGUAUACUCGGGCCCUAAUUUCACCAGACAACUGAGUGUAAAAUAACCUGAUUGGUCAAAAAAACAAAAAAUUCAGCCUAUCAGAUGUCUUUUUUAGUGGCAUCAUAGGCCAAGUUUGAAUCUUCUUUGUUAGAGAAACUGAAAUUUUGUUCUAUUUUGCCAAUUGCUACCAAUAUUUUUUUUUAUUUUUUUUUAAUGUUUCGUUUUGAAAGAAUGAAAGCCAGAAUUUCUUUUUUAAACAAAGAUUACUUUUAAAAUUACCCCUGUCUUUUUGUUAAUUGGACUUGAAUUUGAUUGAUAUGGAUGGGUCCACUGGUUUGUAGGGGUUUGCACCUAGUAACCUUAGUUUUCUGAGUAUCAGCUGUAUGCAGACUUGACUUUUCCGGACAUUUGGUAACGUUGAACUGUGAUAAUAAAUCAUCUGUACAUAGUUGUCACUCAAUACUAGUAAGAUUAUAUACAUGUAGUAAAACAUAUUUCCUCAUUUCCUCGGUAUAUAUACCUUGUACAGUUACGUUUGUUGAAUACACAAGUGAGUCAGAGAAUAGUUAGAAUGUCACAGGACGGUCAGAUGUUUGCAAACAUUACAUUUAAUUUAUUAUUAAGUUUGAAAGAAUGCUGUACAGAGCCUGAUAAUGCGUAGAUUUUGUCCCAGUCAGCUGGGUAGAUUGAGUUAGGUUGGGUAGACCCACUGUUACAAUCCCCUGAUGGUAAGGGGUGCAUUUGGAAGGUUUGAAAGAGCACUGAAGAUGUAUUAGCAAUAACAUUAAUUAACCAAUAAAACCCAAGAGUACAUAAUAUAUAUACACUUCAAUAACCAUGUGCUGUAAUGCAAUGCCGCCAACAGUGAUGGAUCAAGCGAGUAACAAGGGGGAUAACUCUCGUUUGGAUGGCAUACAUUGUCAGAAGAAGGGGAGAAUCUGAAUUAUUGCUGCACAUUUUAAAACAGAAAACACUGUUUAACUUAUGACUUGUUGCUUACCCUUACAGCCAAAUGGUGUUUGUUAUAGCAACUCCUGUUUAAUGAACACACUAUUGAAUUAUCACAUUCAACUUAAACCUGUGAUAAGCGGUUGCGGAGAAAUGCAAAAUCAGAAUAGAUAUUUUCUGUGCAUAUUUGUUGUAACAGUAAUUUUUUUUUUCAAAUCACUGAUAAAUUAUAUAUAUAUAUAUAUAUAAAAUAUUGAUAUAGAAAUGAAUUAAAUAGCUAUUUAUGUCACUGGUGAUGUGUAUAUUGUCCAGUUUUGAUGACAAGUGUGCAGACUUGGGACAAUAAUCUGUUUUUAGCCCAUUACAGAACAUCAAGUACACCAGUAAGAUCAAAGGUGACUGAUAUAUCUAGAGUGAAUCUAUAUAUUUAGAAAAUUACCUCCCUUGCUCCAAUACUUUUUUUUCAUUGUAGUUUAUAUUUUAUCUAAUGGUAUCUGUGGUAGCGUGUCGAUAUAGAAGUUGAAUUGUGAUUUUACGUAUGCUUUCUUACCUACUUUGUAAAGUCUUUUUCAAAAGAGUGUGUUGGUAUAAAAAUUACCCCAAACAAUCAAAAUUCCUUCUAGAUGCAUUAUUUAUUGGUAGCAAAUCAGGGUUUAGAUUCUUGGUUAAAAAAUAUAAAAAAAAAUAAUUAAUGUCUGUUGCCGAUAAAAUUGUUUUUUCGAUUGUGAUUUGUGAUUUGCGAAACCAUUAUGUACUCUUGGCGGUGCAUGGAACACUUGUAUAGGACCUAUUAAUGUAUCCUUUCAUUGUAGUGCAUGGUUUUAUGGUAUUUGCAUUGAUAUCUUCAAGGUUCAUAUAUUUUAUCUGACUUACAUGCCAGGAAUUUGAGGGUGGGUGCGGCGAUUUGGUCUGCCCCCCAAGAGAUAUCUGUUGACAAAGUGGGGACCAACCACCAAUAUCGUACCCACCCUCAACAGAAUAUUGUGAUAUAUGAAAGUUUUGAGUCAUGUGAUAGAUCAUGUGAUCCAGAGAUCUUGCCAAACUUCACGAUUAGCAUGGGAGAGAAGCCAUUUCGAUAAGAGGACACUUCAUUUGAUAAAUUGUUCAUAAGUAGUUAAGAAAAGAUGACAUUCCUUUCAGAAUAUAGUAUAUAUAUUAUUUAUAGUACUAGCCACACAGGAACAUUUUUAUAAGGAUAUUUUGUAAAAGCACAGAUAAUCACAAUUCUUGUGCCAUUUCCAACAUGGACCCUCAGUGGUCAUAUUUUAGCAUACAUCCAUUGGUGAUUUUACUUAAGUUCAAACAUACAGUUUCAUUUUUUUUAUAGUUGGAUUUUAUCCGAUGUGUACAGAAUACAUGCACAUUUUAUCAGCUCAAAGAAUCUUAAAGAUGAAAACUUGUUAUUAUUUAUAGCCACAUGUCGUAUCGGACAUUUUAUUUCUAUCAUUUCACUCACUCAUCCCAAGGUCUGUCUGACAGCCAGGUUUUAUCUAGAGGCCUCAAUGUCAUUGUUUUUAUCUCCCAGGUAUAUAGUGCUGUGAUAUUUUAUUUCAUCCUCAUCAGUUUCACAUUGAGUCACCACUUGUAAAACAGUGUUAAGUCUUUAUUAUCUAUGGCUGUUAAACCUUUCUAAACAGUUGAGAUAGAAACAUGUGAUGUACUUUGGGCAUUACCAUUGUUGUCGGUUGAUCCACGUCUGACUUCCGCUGUAGACUUUCAGAUAAACAUUCUGAGAUGUCGACAUUAACAGAAGUCAGAGGUACAAUCUGGACAUUUUACUUUUAAUUCUUCAAAUCCUGGAAUGAAAUAAACAAAAAAGUACACGUAGUGAUUGAUUCUGCUACAGUAGGUAGUUGUUUGUUCCUGCCCAAAGUCCAUCACUAGAAUCUUGACUUCACUCGCUGUUACCCAGCAUGCUUCCAAUAGAAAUAUGCACUAUAUUUUUGAUUUGGUGUUUAGAGAAGACAUUUCCUAACCGAGUUUGAAUGUAACUUUUGUACUGGACUUCUAUGCCUCCUGUCUUAAAGCUAUUACAAAUUUGUCAAGAAAAUCAGUUGAGAUGAUAGUUUUCAACCUUUUUAAUUGAAAUGCAGGAAAGAAAUAACUUGAGUCUGCACAAUUUUUUUACAUCAGUAUCUACCAGUAAGUUAAUGACUAAUAAAAUUAUCAUUAUCCUAUACCUAAAUAUUGUAGGUGGUUCAAGUACACAUUUAAAUAAUUUUUCUUCUUUUUUCCUUUUUCCUUUUUUUUUUUUUACAGAAAAAGACAUACCAAGCAAUAUUGUUUAGACAUUGAGAAGAUAAUUAUUACCUUUAUUGACAGCCGGGUAUCGAUAGCAUGUUUGAGGAAGUAGUCUUGUUUGGGGAGGAGCUAGACAAGGAGGUCAUAGGGUAUAAAGAGUCCCCCACUUGGUGCAGGGUAGGUUACAGAACGACAACGUAUCAUUAUCUUCAUUAACAGAUGAUACUGUUGUCUCAUACUUAAUAAACUUCAACACAUAGAUCUGUUAAUGUCAUCUUUUAUUGAAACUUGUACAAACAAAUAUUUAAAAAAAAGCUUUGGAGCUGCCAGUUUGUUACUGUAAUACAAAUGGACCUAAGAAUGUGAUGAGGUGGAUAAGAACGUGCAACAACAGUUUUAGCCCAUGUCUCUGGUUGGUUCUGGUAUGGUGUGAGUGUGCAUGUGCUUUUUGUCAAGAUUGAUUUAAAAAUGAUAACUUUUAAACGGGUGAACGUUCAUGUAGAUAUGAUUGCAAAUACCACCUGGAAAUAAAAAUUUAAACAGAUUUACACAGGAAAUAUCUUGGAAUAAAAUUGGGCUGAAAU